AUGCGUGUUCUCUGCUGCAGAGCACUCGCAUCGAUUCUAACGACUGGUCCACUGACGAUGAAUGAAUAUACUGAAAUGUUGGCGAGAUCCGAAGAUGGGGCCAAAUCAAGGCAACAGCAUCGAAUCGCCACCAAAAUCGACUCGACACCUGAGUGCAUCGAAAUUGGAAUCGAUCAACCGAAUGAACUAUCAAAACGCGCCUUGUAUAUGCUGAAUGUUGAAGAUGUUAUGGGUGUUUACAACAAAGAGAUGAGUGAGGAUCCGUACGAUGCNUUAGAAUAG